UCGGCUCGACUCGACUCAUUAACAACCCUACUCACAGGAUAUUAUUGGUGCUGUAACGAUGACGACGAGUGACGGAGUAUUGUGUGGGCUGGAUCAUGAACCUUCAGGAUGGGCGGAAGGUGUUUGUUACCUUGACAAUUGGGCCUGAAUGUUAAUGGGCUUCAGUAAAAUUACAAAUCAACUCACAAGAUUUAAGUUUGAUGGGCUGCAUUGGGCUGAAUGUUUCAUCUCCCACCGUGAGAUUAUAAAAUUUGGCUUGAUAUAUUAUAUCACCCAGUUUAUCAAUUAAUCAUGAAAUUUUAUCACAAAAAGUUUCAUAACUGUUGAAAUCAAAAGGAAUUUCUUAAUAUUUUAAUGGAAAUAUAUAACUGGUGACCUGGUGGGACAAAUCGAUGAGGCUAAUCAGUGAUACCUUUUUCCAAAAAAAGAGAUAAUGAGUGGACAAGAAAGGAUAGGCGGCAGUGGGCAAUUUACAUAUUAUCGGGUCAAUUGCAUGAUUGGUCACUGAAAUUAAAAAAAACGUUAAUGUCUGGUCACUGGAAAUAUUUAAAUCCAAUCUUGAUCACUCAAAUUAGUUAGAUGGUUCAAGUUUGGUCACUCUUCGUUAACUCUAGCUUACGUGGUAGUCAACUUUCAUAGUUGACCGUUAAAUAUGUGACGUGACAAUUAAAAAAUUAUUAAAAAUAAAAAAUAAAUUUUUUAUAUUUUCCACCUCAUUAUUACAUUCAUUAAAAAAUAAAUAAAAUAAAAAACCUAAUUUCUUUUCUACACACCCCAAAACCCUAACCGACCCAACCUCACCAUCACCAGAUAUACGAAACGAAAAUCACUCACGAUUGUAGGUACCCGAAAACCAGAACCAACAGCGAAACCGAGCAAGUUCAAAAAACUGCAGAGAGUUCAUAAAGCAGGUAGCUUUUACACCAUAAUCAUCGUACAGAUGUAGAUGCAUCAGUCUGAAACCUCUCAUCAAACAAAUCUCAAUGCCCAUACCCCUUUGAAUGCCCGAUCAACGACAUGCAAAUGCAGAAUUCGACUUCUCAGCCUGCUCAAAGUCAAGCUCGCAGCGUCCCCCUGACAUUAACACACCCUGACAAAUCCAGGAACUCCAAAUUCGAGCACCCUUCGCUAAUCGACUCGAUCCCUUUAGCCGUUAACCUCGAGAAUCGAAGCUCUAAGUGCUUCAACCCUGUCAUGAACUUCCCAAUUGUUGCGGUUUCCGAAUCUGCUUCAAAAGGGCAAGCCAUGUCUGCCAUGAGGUACUCGUUUGGCACAUUCCCUAGACGUUGGGAAGAAGAUUGAAGCUUAGGGAACAUGGGGAAAAAAUCAAUUCAGUCCCAAUCGUUUCUCUAAAUCAUCAUCUAAGAAAUUCGAUUGAAAAUUCAUUUUUCUACGGUUUAAAGAAACCGUCUUUCGUUACCUCUCGGCGGCGAGAUUCGGUCGGAGUAGUGACGGGAACGAAACCCAGAGAGGGUUCCGUCGCUCCAGGCGAUGGCAGAGCGGAGCAUGGAAUCGAUCCACCUCUCGAACUUCGGGACCACCAAAGAGGGAACGCCGGCCCGGAAUCGAAGUAGGUGUCGAGGUUGAUGGCGGAGUGGAUCGACGAGUCGGUGAAGACCGCGCGCCAGGGAUUGCAGAAAUUAGGUUUUGGGUGCGUAGAAAAGAAAUUAGGUUUUUAUUUUUUUUAUUUUUUAAUGAAUGUAAUAAUGAGGUGGAAAAUAUAAAAGUUUUUUUUAUUUUUAAUAAUUUUUUAAUUACCACGUCACAUAUUUAACGGUCAAUCAUGAAAGUUGACUGCCACGUAAGCUAGAGUUAACGGAGAGUGACCAAACUUGAACCAUUUAACUCAUUUGAGUGACGAGGAUUGGAUUUAAAUAUUUCCAGUAACCAGAUAUGAACGUUUUUUGUAAUUUCAGUGACCAUCAAUGCAAUUAACCCAUAUAUUAUCACCUAGUUUAUCAAUUAAUCAUGAAAUUUUAUCACAAAGUUUCAUAACUAUUGAAAUCAAAAGGAACUUCUUAAUAUUUAUUGGAAAUAUAACUGGUGACGCCUGGUGGGACAAAUCAAUGAGGCUAAUCAGUGAUACCUUUUUCCAAAAGAGAUGACGAGUGGACAGGAAACGAUAGGCUGAUGAGUGAUGAUAAGUUUGGCUAAGAAAUGUCGGUCGUAUACUUGUAUAAUUGUAUUGUAUUCAUAUGCUGCGUGCUUCCCUGGCCGUCCACUCUCUUCCCGUGCAGACCUGACUUCUUCGCCGGCGGCGGCGCCGGCAGCAAUUGGGGGCGACCCGGCGAACAUACUCGGUAGGUCUUCUUCUUCUUCUUCUUCUUCUCAGCUGUACACAUUAUGGCUUCUCUCGAGGUCCAUCACAGUGUUCUUGACUUCUUGUUGCCGGCCGGUUUCCUUAUUAUUGUAACUUGGUCAUCAAAUUUAUAUAAAUGCGCAGUAACACCCUUUUGUUUUUCUUUUUUGUAAAAAAAAUUGCAUCUCCUUUCCUCUGCAGUUUCAAUAUCCCGAUCUGGAUCUGCAGAUGUAUCCUUAAAUGAUGAGUACUUUUUUUUCCUAGCCGCCCUCCUUGAUUAACCAGAAAAAUAGAUAAUGUAGAAAGGGGAAAAGAGUUAAAAAAUAAUAAUAAUUCCGAGUAUGAUGUUUUGAACAUCAUAUAAGAAAAAAAUUGUUUCAUACAAGUCGAAUUCGGUUCAGAGAACAACUUAUUAUAAGAUUAGUCACUUAGCAAACGACCUUCGAAGAUCUAUGAUGAAUAAUAUUUCAAUUGAAGUAGAUGAUCAAACGUUUAAAUGGACUUAUUACCACUAAGAGACGUGAGUUUAAACCUAAAUAUCCUCAUAGGACUAAGAAAAUUUUUUCCCCCAUUCAUAUGGAUAAUUCUUUAAGAGGGUCGUAAGCUCUUUUCUUUUUCUUUUUAAUAUUGGUUGCAAAAAAAAAAUUAUCCAAAAUUAUAGAUGAGUGGAUUAUGAUGCUUAGGAUAACAGCUACAACUUGCAGGAUUACUACAGAUCAAACGUAUGAAUUGUGUUUACCAAUAAGUAUUAUUGGGAUUCGAACAAAUGACAUUUCAAUUACGCAAAUUUAUGAUAUCACGUUAAAAACCAGUUAAUAUUAAUAAAUCAAAUUAUUAUGAGAAAUUCAAUGGUUGAUCAUAUACCGUAUUACUGAAUUCAUUAAUAUCCUAAUUCAACUCAAAUAGCCGCCUCCAUCAAGUAGCCUCCUCCAUGAAUUAAUAAACAGGAAAGUGUAUG